AUGGCAGCACAUAUCCCUUACGCUACACCUGAUCUCGCCGGCGAUUAUGAGGGCGUUUACAGCCCUUAUGGCACGGCAUACGAAAUCCCUGGCCAAUCGCCGGGGGCCCCUUCCUCUGGCUCCAACGGCUAUGGAUACAAGGUCAAGGCCACGGCGGAGGGCAUGCACCUCGCUGUGUACAUGCCGGGAGUGAGAAAGGAGAACGCUAGGGUGUGGGCCGAGAAUGACGAGCUGCACAUUGUGGGGAAAAAGAAGGAUUUCGAAGACGAAGAGGAGAUCUCCAUGGGCUACCGUAUUGGAAAUGUGCCGGAGACCAUGUGCAAGCUGAGGGAGAUCACAGCGGAGAUGAAAGACGGGCUGUUGAAGAUCUUCGUUCCCAGGCUCCACCAGGUUGAGGGUGAAGCCUAUGAUGGCUACCGCGUGAGGGUUGAGUGA